AGUUUCACAAACCAUGGUGAUCUUUUAGUUUACUGCUGCCACCUUGUGGCAAAAACUCUGUAACGUUUCAUGAGGAUCACUGGUGUGCACAGCCUGCAAGUUGUUUAUAUUUGGAUGUAUAAUUAUUGCUAAAAAAAAUUCGAAAAUGGUCUAGAUUGCUGCUGAAGUAGGGUGACGUUACGUGAUGUACUUUUCUCAACGCAGGUCACUAUGGUCCAAUCACAUUCGAUAAUCAUUAUUGAUGAGUAAUGUACAUUUGUGUACGAAAUUGUGACCGUGAUCUGCCACAUCCAUAAAAGGACUACCACAUCCACAUCCAUUCUUCAGGACACAAAUCAUCAGGGCAUUAAAGAGAAAAAAUGUUAAUCUUUAAACAUGGAGCACGAGAUGAAAUAUAAGAGCUGUCAUGUGAGGACUGUACUUUACUCUUCUUAUUGAGACAACAGCACAAACUACAAGACCUCUUCUAGACCAUGGCGGUCAGAAUCAGUUCUUUGUUGAGUUUGAUUCUCCUAUGGAACUCUCCAUGUAUUAGUAGCAGCAGAACAGAACACAGUGACAUUUAUGAGAGAAACUCUCAACAGUCACCAGAGACUCUAAUGAGCCAAACAAACCAUCUGCAGAUCAGACCUGAAAACUCAGUUCACAUUCAUCCAGGAGAAAUGCUGACGCUUCAGUGCAAAGAUGAAGGAAAUGAAGUGCUGAGGCAGUGGUGGCAGACACCUUUUGGAUUGUUUGAUGGCUGCAACCACCAAAACAAAGACCCAGUGGAAACAUGCAAUGGCACUUUGAGGAUUUUAAGGGCCACAUCCAGCCAUGAUGGACUCUAUAUCUGUAUCUGCCAGGACAAGAUGAGCAAAACAAUUGUGCCUUACAGAGUUAAUGUAGUGGGCUUAAAUCCUAACAUUAACAAACAGCCGAGGAAGACCAGGGAGGUUUACGCCAACACGCUGUCAGAAAGCCAUUUCGUGGCGGCUGUGGCAUCAUCAGUAAUCGUGAGCUUUUUAGUGGCCUUCACACUUGGUGCAUUCAGUAGAUCCUACGUGAUAAAGUGUCUACGAACGAUAAGGGCUCACAUACCUUAUAGAAAAGGUGAUCACAAUCACAUCAAUGGACAAAACAAUGAACAAACCACCAGAGCACAACCUGAGACAGUGUUCUUCCAUAAAAACCACGACUCUGGAGAAGACACUGUCGACAUUGGUUUGGCUGAUCAGGAAUGCAGGAACUCUGAUAAUGUAGACGCUAUAGGAAAUGGCAAUGCAGAUGGCGGGAAGGAUGACACUCGGGACUGUGAAGGUGAAGAACAAAACCAAGAGUUCAGAUCAGUGGUUAGUCCACAUCCAAAGAAGAAGAGCCGCGUCAUUAAAUUGUACAACUAUGAUGAAGAAGGGAAUCGAUUCAGCCACAUCAAAGACUCUGGGAUGGAGGGUGAAGACGAGCUCAGGCCAAAAAUCAGAACUAAAUCACUGACGCGACUCAAUGCCAUCAUGAAACAGGCAGACUUAAACCCAGUUAAAGAUUCAGCUGAGAGCCAGUCGACUCAACCAGAUGCUCCUUCCAAUGAAAACAGUGUUUCAGCUACAGAAGGAGACAGAGUCUCACAAACAAGUCAAGAGACACAAAAUGGAGGAAACGAUCAUUGUAAGGAACUUUGAAAAUUCUGUGGGUGAAAUUUAGUUUAUGCUGAUUUUCUUUAUUUUGUGAUAACUGAGUCUGAUUGGACAAUUGACUUAGGCUUACCUAUCAUUCUGUCAAAAAAUUAAGUGUAAAACUUAUGCAAUUGUGUAUAUCGUUAAAUGUUUAUACAGACAACGUCACAUUUUCACAUUUCAACAGUAGUCAUUUUGUUGCAUAUAUUAAAGAUGUAAUCAAAAAUACUUUUAUAAAACAGUUCCUGUCAUUGAUUCUGAUUGGUCAAUAGCUGUUUUAUUCACGAUAAAACACUGCUAUGACCGCUUAAUCCAAUGGAUCUGUGUAUCACUGCAUAACACCCUUAGCAACCACUCUUAGCAAUAUAAACUGUUUGUUCUCAAUUUAUAUUGUUCAUUGAAGCUUACUGUAUUAUAGAAGAGUAUUGUGAGAAAAAGAUCGAUCGAGUUUAUUAUCUGCAUUCAGAUUUAGCAUUUUCCUUCAGUCCUAUGUUCAUAAUAAAAAAAUGUUUAAAUAUCCGCUGCAGUAUCUUGUCAGUUAACAGUUAAGGGGUUUUCCC